AAAGCGGCCAUAUUUGAUUUAAACUUUUAAGUUUAUUUCAGGUUUUUGCAAUGAAUACGCUGAUAUCCUCAUAAAACUCGAUCUUAUAUAUUGCCAAGCUGGUUUAUUAUGCCACCUAAGACACGUUUGUCGACGAAGGAUCCUUCUUCCCGAAGGAAAACUCGUGCAAAAACAACAGAAUCAUUAAAAGACGAGAGAUCUGGAGAGAAUGCUGAUAUUGUUCUACUGUCAACCUCCCCAUUGCUGGCAAAGAGAGAAAAUAUUUCAGACGUGAGAGCUGAGAGGCAUUGCUUACAAGAAAGGAAACUGAAGAAAGAAAAGGAGGAGAUAGACUCUAUUCCAAAAAAUGUUGUUCCAGAGACAUUUUCCCCAAAAUCUGUUGGAUCCAUGAAAAGUAUGCCAGAAACGGAGCAGUCAAAGCAGGAGACUCCCAGAAGGUCAAGGAUGAAGUCCAUGUUGAAGGAGGAAAUGAUGACAUCCUACAGGUCUGACCAUGAUACUGAGAUACGCUGGGACUGCAAUUCUCCAGAAGCAUUGAGACAUAUACAGUUCUUGAGCCAGAGCAAGCUGUCAGAACAAAGUGAGGAGAUAUCCAACAUAGCCAAAGCAUUGGCUGGAGAGACUGGGGACAGUACAGAUGAGGAGACUGACAUUCUUGGUCUGUUUCUGGCCAAGAGGGCACUGACUCCUAACUCAAGCAAGUCUCAUCACACCAAGGCCCCCUAUAGAAGGAUAACAAGAGGUCAGAAGAAGGCCAAACCUGGUGAAAUGAUGUCCAGCGACCUGCUUCGUCAGUUACAAGACAUGAUACAACAGACAAGCGAAUCUGAAGGUGAAGCAAUGGACCAAGCAAAUCUGGAAAGGUUAUCUCAGAGGAUUCGGCGGACCAGUGAGAACAUGGACUCCCUGGUUGGGAAAGGAGGUGCAGGUAUCAGCCCAAGCUCUCAGAGAAAGACAAAAAGUUACAGCUACUCGGAUGCAGUGUUACAUACCAGCAUUGAAGAGCAAGCUGACACCUCAUUGGCUGAUGAUGAUUGGGGAGAUGAUGACUUAUUCAAUGAUGAUUCUUUCCUAAUCAGAGCUACCCAGGAACUGUUUGAUACAACCACCCAAAAAUUCAAAACACCAAGACCAUUAAAACGAAGGACAGCCAGCACGCCAGAGGCAAGCAAACCAAGAGUAAAGAGUACCAGGUAUACAUUCACCCUGGAUAACUCCCCAGCACCUGUAUUGAACCUGACAAACCAUAAACAAAACUCUGAAAAAGAUGAAACAAAUAUAAAUCAAAGUGCUCUUAAUACUACAAAUUUUACCCCACUAUCAGGAACCAAGACUUCAAAUGCAGCCAUACCUAGUUCGAAAAACUGUACAAUUACCAGGCCUUCAUCCACAAUAGUGCAAUCUAAACCUUUAACAAAAGUUAGUACCGCAACAAAAGCACCAAGCAGGGACCUGGUACACAAAAGUAGGGGUAACCAUAGUAACCAGGUUAGUUGUACUACUACAUCUGCUGUGACCGCUAAAUCCAACAGUAUGGCAGCCACCUCGUGGAGUAAGCUACAAGCUUUUAAAAAUUCACCAAAUAAUGGCCCAUCUGUCUCGACCACAAUUAAACAAGGAGCUAGAGCACAGCCUUCACAUACUUUAACCUCUGUGCCCAACAAAGCAUCUCCACGGUUCCCUACAAACCCACCCAGAUCUACACCCCAGUCCGCAUGUAGGACAUCACUGAGGCUUAACCAGGCUAACAAGGCAAAUCUAACCCUCAAAUCAGACAAGAUACAACACCCCAAUACAGCAAACACUAUGAAUAAGGAACCUCAGAAAACUACACUAAAACCCACACUCCACGUAGUUCAAGAUGGGAAGAAUGAGAGUAAAGACUCUUUGUGGAAUGACAGUCUAACUGAUGACUUGUUGUGCCAGCUAGCUGAGCCUGAUGAUAUGUUAGACAGUCAGAUGACCAGUGUAUCCAGCCAGGCUUACAGUGAGCCAUGUACACAAGACCUGUCUUAUAAAUUCCCUGCCCAGCCUAAACCCACAUUAACAAACCCAGCCCCUGGUCUUCCACAACAGACAUUAAAUAAGCCUACAAGUAUUAAACCAGGGGCACAGAUUAAACCGAAUCAACAGAAGAAAUCACCAGUUAUGUCACAAGGUUUAGCUAAAGCAGUACCUUCGCAGAGUUUGGCUAAACCAGGACGAUUUAAUUUUAAAUCAAGCAAUAUUAUGACUUCAAACGCCACAACUAAGCCAAAGACAAUCCAGCCAGUGAACUUGAAUAUUAAGCUUCAUGGGCAUGCAGAUCCCAAAACUACAUGUAAACAGACUAUUCAGACUAGCAAAGCUACGAUGCAGUGUACGAAGGAGCAGAGCCUUACAGCUAACCAUGUCUCAAAAGUUAAUCCAUCCAGGGGAACUACUUCAGCUCAUGGGAAACAAGAUGAUGAUGGCAUGUUUGACAGUGGAGAUGAACUUAUGGAUGAAGAUCAGAUGCUUGCUAUGUUAGAUCAAGUAGAAUCCCAGAUCGUUAGUAGCCAGUCAAACAGCCAACCCAAACAAAGUCAAAAGUAUUCGCCAGAAGAGAUUGAAAGAAAGAAACAAGAAGCCAUUAAGAAACGUCAACAAAAGCACCAUCAGCUCCAAGCGCCACCUAUUCAGAAUAUUCUUAGACCAUCUCAGACAAUUAAAAAUCACACAAACAUGAAGCAGAUUCAGUCCACCACACCAAAUCCAUAUAUUGCUAGAUCAAAACCUUUAACAAAUAAGACCAGAUCUGAUGUUGCACCUCCAUAUCACAUGAAUAAAAUGAAAUCUAAUGGACCUAUCCAGCUUGGGAGUUAUGGAAUUGGCAAAGAGCAAUCUAGAACAAUAGAGACUAAGGAUAUGUCACUCUUGUCUAAAGGUAGACGCAGUUAGUGAAACAUAACAGACUCUCUAAGUAUUACAGUUGGUCAUAUAAUUUAAUUGGUACAUUUUUAAUGUAUUACGCAAGAUGAGCCAACUAAUAAUUUUGAAUAUUUUACAAGGACUUUGUUUUUCACUGUGGUUGAACCUGGUUAUGGAAAAAGUUUCCUUUCUGUAAGAAAAUUUUACAGCCUUGGAGGUACGAUUUUUUUCACGAUUUUCAUGAGAUGAA